UGGCGCUGAUGCUAGUCAAAUAUCGGUCGCGGUUCCUCAUAGAUAGGUUAUGUUAUCCUGUUGAAUCAGUUUGUUUAUUGGGAAGUUGCAGUUUCGUCAACUCCGUGUAUUUUGGAGGCAACAAAAGUUUGAUUAAUACACAAUUUUUAAUUCUGAGACAAGACAUAUCAUCGUUCUACACAAUCAUCGAUUUCUGAUUUUUCUCAUAUAGUUGUUAAUAGUGGCUAAAUAUAAAGUGUAUCUCAAGCUGAAGAAUGGAAAUAGAAUUGAUUGAAUUAAAAGAUAUAAAAGCCGUACAGGACAUAAUACACCUUUAUCCGGAACGAGUAAAAUCCGAACAUAUACCACUCGUUAUUGACAAUGGAUCCUACAACUGCAGAGUUGGUUGGGCUACGGAAAAGGAACCGCAACUGAUAUUCAAAAAUCUCAUAGCGAAACCAAGGAAGGAACGUGGCAAAAAAGAUGGAGAACCUCAAGUAGGAAAUGAUAUAGCAAACAUCGAAGCUGUUCGAUUUCAAUUAAAGACUCAGUUUGACCGAAAUGUCGUGACACAUUUUGAGGCCCAGGAACAGAUAUUUGAUUACACGUUUGCACAUAUGGGUAUAGAUACAGAUGGCGUAAACCAUCCAAUUAUAUUGACAGAAGCAUUUCUCAAUCCCAAUUAUUCUCGUAACUUGAUGGCAGAAUUAUUGUUUGAAUGUUACAAUGUACCAUCAGUAGCAUAUGGAAUUGAUAGUUUGUUUUCGUACCAGCAUAAUAACUGCCCACCUGAUGGCCUAAUAGUUAGCGUAGGGUAUCAUACAACUCACAUAAUACCAAUACUGGAUGGGAAAGCGGAUGCCACAAAUGCGAGAAGAAUUAACAUUGGUGGAUAUCACAUCACAUCGUAUAUGCAUAAACUCCUCCAAUUGAAAUAUCCGGUGCACGUCAAUGCAAUAACGCUCAGUCGAGCAGAGGAAUUAAUACACGAACAUUCGAUGAUUGCUUUAAACUACCAGCAAGACUUAUGCAAGUGGGCAGAUGUAGAUUACUAUGAUACACAUGUUUUACGAGUGCAAUUACCAUAUAUUGCGCCUGCUACUGCUCCUGGUUUAACGCUUGAGCAGCAGAAAGAAAGAAAAAGAGAAUUAGCACGACGACUAAUGGAAAUUAAUGCAAGAAAGAGAGAAGAAAGAUUAGCAGAAGAUGAAGAACAACUUAAUCAAUUGCUAGCAGUCCAAGAUCUUCUAGAAGAAGGCGAAAUCGACGAAUUUGACCAGGCAUUGAAAUCUUAUUCUCUUGCAAAUGAAGCUGAUUUAAUAAAAAUGAUUAAUAAUCUACAAGCGAAAGUGGAAAGAACUAGACAGAAAAUCGUCGCUGCUAACUCGCAAGAGGAAAAUAUUGUGAUGGAAGAAAAACCUAAAAUUAAAUCAAGUCUUCAACCUAAGGAUCAACAGGAUUUCGACGAAUGGAUUGCUGGAGUUCGAAAGAAGAGACAAGAAAUAUUAGACAAACGCAUGGCAAAAAGACAACGAAGACAAGACAUGGCAAAGCGACGAACAGCUGCCGCACAGGAGAGGAUGCGUAUAAUUAGUCAGUUAGCGAAAAAGGAAAAGCGCGAUGACGAUUUUGGUAUGCGAGACGAAGAUUGGGACGUGUACAAAGUUAUAAAUAGGGAAGGUGGCGAUUCAGAUUCAGAAUUGGAACAGGAGAAACUAUUAGAAUUGGAAGAUGUUUUACGUCAUCAUGAUCCAGAAUUUGAUAGUGCUGGAUCUAGUGUCCCUAUGGUUCCUGGUGAAACCCACCAACUUCAUGUAGGCGUAGAACGUUUACGGACACCAGAAUUGUUGUUUCAACCAUCUAUGAUUGGUUCUGUAGAAGCUGGAAUUGCCGAGACAAUCGAAUUUGUUUUAAAACAGUACGCUCUCGAAGAGCAAACACGUCUUGUAAGUAACGUUUUUCUUACCGGUGGAUCGACAGCUUUCCCAGGUUUGUUGGACAGAUUAAAACGUGAACUACGUGAAAUGAGACCUUUCGGGUCGAACUUUCAAGUGAACAUCGCAAAAAAUACCAGCUUGGAUGCUUGGUACGGUGCAAGAGACUUCGGUUUAAAUGGUAAUUUUCCUGAGUACUUGGUCAGUCGUAAAGAAUACGAAGAGAAAGGUGGAGAAUAUUUCAAGGAACAUUCGACAAGUAAUACUUACACCCGAUCACCUGAUCCUUUGCCGAUGAUACAAGUGCCUGUAACAUCAGAGCAAGUAAUCGUAGAGGAUGCCGUAGUGGAUGUGGAAAUUGAAUAAAAGUAUUUAUAUUUAAUUAUAAAUAAAUUUAUAAUUCGAAAGUUUUAAUUUGAAUAUUAAUAUAUAUUAGACAUAAUUAAAUUUCAGAAAAACCGACAUAUGAGUAACGAACAAAAAAAUACGUGAUUUGAGAUUUUUAUAUUUCAUUUUCUAAAAUAUUAAUAACAGUUUUUAUAUAUUAUUUAGAAACACAUAAUCUGUACAAAGAUUUAAUAGUGAAAAGCAUAAAAUAAAUAUAUCAAAAUCUAAAUUUUUUGAAAAUAUUCUUACUAAUUUUCUUUUAGUUGUAAAAAUAAAUUUAUAUUAAUAAAAAAACAUUUAACAAAUAUUAUUAUUAAUAUUUAAUCGUAAGCUUUAAUUUCAGCGUUAUAUCGAUUUUGUAUAUCAGUUAAUUUGUCAGUUAAGUUGUAUAUUGUUAAUUUGUAAAAUUGGGUUAAGUCCGACCAACUUUAUAACAUAAAAAUAUUUUCAAAUAUUUUCAUUAUAAUACAAUAUAAAAAAAUUAUGCUGUUGGACAAUGUGGACAAUAAUUAGGCGAAUAAAAUCAUGUAUUUGUUUUUGUUCGCUACUGUAUAUGAGAAAUUUUAAAUACUUACCUUGUCAGCAGAUUUUAGCCAAAUAUUUGUAUAUAAAGUAUAUAUCUGUGUGUGUGUGUGUGUGUGUGUGUAUGUGUGUGUGUGUGUGUGUGUGUAUGUGUGUGUGUGUGUUUGUGUGCAUACAUAUAUAUGAAUAAUAGACUUUAUUAUUGAAUGGAUAUCAAAUAUGACCAUUUUUGUUCAUGAAUACCUACUUUAUUACACAAGUAUUUCUGUUUGUUCAUUUUAUUACGAACAAACUACAUUGUAGUCUGUUUGCUGAUCACAAUAUACAGUUCCCAAACAUCGCAUUUCGCCAUUCAACACAAUUACGCGGGAUACGUUUUUACUUUUCUUAUUUCUCGAGGACAAUUCGACAUCGGCUUCCGGGCGUUUUUCGUGUAGCCUAAAAAAUUAUGAAAGUGAUCCCUCACCUUAGCGAUAAGAUUGAUUUUACAGCAACCUCAGAUUACAAAUCUCCGAGCUCGAUUCGCGAGAGCUUAAGCUAACAUCACAAUAUAAUAAUACACUGAAAUCAUCGAGGCCCCAUAGGCAGUUACAACUAACACUACUAAUUCUUGCGCAACGCGUAUCAAUAAAGGAACCCAUACCGCGACGUAACGCAUUAAUUUUCGCAAUUGCUCGAAUCUAAUCUGACAUAAAAUAAGAAAAAGAAAAGCUUAUAUCGUGCCCGAUGACAUCACAAACUCUUAGAUCACAAGUGCACAGCAUUUGUUCAUAGUACAUAUUUGAUCUUAAAAGAAAUUCUGUGUUUUAUACAAUAUUGCGUAAUCACAAUUUGCAUAAAAUACAGUUACAAAUGUACGUGAUGUAUACAUUGUCAUAAUAUAUAGAACAUGUUUUUUAUAGAGUUUCCUUUGCAUAAAAUACAUGUUUUGCUUUUACAUAGACAACGUGCUGAAAUAAAUUGGGAUACAUAUAAAUACUUUCUAUUAAAACGAUACAACGUAAAUAAUCUAAUAUAUUAAAAGCGUACAAUGUUUCGAAUAUUAUAAAGCAAACGAAAAUUAUAAAGCUCAUUACAAAAUUAAUAUAACCCUUAAGACAAUCUUUCUGUAAAAUAAUAAAGCUAAAAACAAAAAUAUAUAUGUAUAUUCACAUAAUAAUUGAUGAUCUAUUUUAUGCCACGUUUAUCACACGUAAUCAUGUAAUGAGCUUACAUCGAAUUUACAGACGUGUUUAUUUCGUUCGCAAGAUUCACCGAAGAAUUAUGUACCUCGACACAGCGCAAAAAAGAAAACUUCAUUUAAAUAUCCUUUACAACUAUCACAGUUUGAGGUCGCUGCAAAUCAAUGUCUCUCGCCUGUUACGACGCACUAUAUCUUAUGAAAUUUUCAUUCAGUGAAUGGAAGGAUAGGUGUGGAGGACACUUGGGUUUCGUUUACAAUAAGAUUGAGGUAGAAUCCAAUCUGCAAAUAAAUACAACUUUUGAUCCGCAUAUAUGCUAUAAGUGAGGGGCUACUUCCGUCAACAAUAAUGUAACAGUAAUUAAAAAUAUAUGUAGCAUUAAAAUGACGCCGCGAUAACGAUGAUGAUGAUAAUGAUCAUAAUGAUGACAGAGAUUAACAAUAAUCAUAAUGAUGAUCAUAGUAAUAAUAAUGAUAAUAAUAGAAGAAUGAAAAGUAAUAAUAAUUCACAAUAAUAACUAGUACAACAACGGUUAAUGUUUUCCUGCAAUAUAAUGGCUGUAUGCAUUUAUAUAUAUUUAUAUAUAUACAUAUAUAUUUAUGUAUAUGUAUAUCGUAUUCGUAUGGUGGGGCAAAGAUUGACAGCUAUGUACAAUACAUGCUUGCCUUAGUUGUACCAUUUUUAUAUAUUAUAUGUACCUAUACCCUCCGCGUUAAUUACGUGACAAUAAUAAUAAUAUUCCGAUAAUGAUAAUAAUCAAAAUAAUUACAAUAAUAAUCGUAAUUAUAUUAGUAUCGUUUGCUCAUAAAAUAUCCUAUAUGUAACAUGUACCUGCAAUAAUAACUAGGUAUGCAGUAUGUACGUAAGGAGGAUGUGUUCGGAUAGGAUAUGUCGAUAAAAACUAUGGUAUACCAAGCGUUAACUUUUUAUUAUCUCUGCUAUCGUUUGUCUCGUUUCUUGUUAUUUUUUUUUUUUUUUAAUCGUUUUUCGCAAAAUUCGACUAUUACAAAAGUGCACGUUACUCGCGAUUCUUACACUUUAUACGUACAUACAUAAAUCGGCGUAGAUCUACCUACUUUUCUUCAUUGUCGUUUAUAUUAGUUCGGUAGCGUUAUUUAUUAUUUUCUUUCAGUUAUACAUAUAUACUUUUAUUCUCCCUUAACGGAGCGCUACGAUAUCCCCUUGUUUACACCAUACAUACAUACGUACGUACAUACAUACACACACUGGCGGGUGUAUAUAACACGUGACAUGAUACUUUCUACGCAUUGACGGUAAAUAGAUAUAUCUUAUCGUCGUAUCAUAAUUUUGUUCCUCCUUGUGAUUUUUAAAACGUGAUAUUGCUGACGCGGAUAUACGUUAAAUACCGCGGCAAUCCACUCGCUUUCCCCUACCCACCCCAAGUUAUUCGUCAAGGAUUUGACGACACGCAAUUCCGGACUUGCUUUCGUUCUUUUUUUUUUUUUUUUAAUAUCAAGGCUUUAGGCACCGUUCAAAAACUCGAGUUGAGAGAAUUAUUAGCGAUAGAGAAGAACUUACGCUUGUACUUACGGCCUGGUGACUCUUAGCA